AUGCAUCAUCUCGGUGUUCGGAUUGUACUUUCUCAGCUUCGUUCAGAAUAUUGGAUAUUAAGAGCAAGGCAAGCCAUUAAAAAGGUGAUAAAGACUUGCCUUCCAUGUAAAGUACUGAAACAAAAGAGAAGUGAACAGAUAGAAGCUCCAUUACCAGCUGAGCGAAUUCAAAAGUCAUCUCCUUUCGAAACUACCGGAAUUGAUUUUGCUGGACCACUCUACGUAAAAAAUAAUAACUCCAUUACAAAAGCUUACAUUGUCAUCUUCACAUGUGCUACAACUCGAGCUAUCCACUUAGAAUUAGUUUCCGAUCUGCGUACUGACGUCUUCCUACUUGCAUUACAACGUUUUGUCUCUAGACGUUCACUUCCUCAUACAGUGUACACUGAUAAUGCCACAACGUUCUGCGCUGCGGACAAAGAGCUGAAAUUAUUGUGGGAUACUAUAUCCUCUGCCAAAGCACAACAGUUUUAUGCGCACCAUAACAUCAAAUGGAAAUUCAUCGCCCCCCGAGCGGCUUGGUGGGGAGGAUGGUGGGAAAGAAUGAUAAGCUCAAUUAAGCGAUGCCUUCGGAAAACAUUAGGUAAGGCUCUUUUGGAUGACGCUGGUUUGAUCACUGUAUUAUGUGAUAUUGAAGCCGCUCUUAACAGUAGACCGAUUGUCCACGAAUACGGAAUAAAAGAUGACUCCGAGGAAGCUUUAACACCCUCGCACUUCCUCAUAGGAAAGAAAUUAACUACUGUUACUUCCAGCCCCACAAAUCUUGAAACAAAUUUAAAUCGUAUGUGGAAGAAUCUUCAACAUUUGAUGGACUCCUUUUGGAAAAGAUGGCAAAAGGAAUAUUUGACGGACUUGCGUAUAUUUCAUCAAGUGCGGAAUCCAUCUGAAACAAAUAAAAUACGGAAAGGGGACAUUGUCUUACUACAAGAAGAUGUUAGACCUCGCCACACCUGGAAAAAGGACCGUGUUGAGGAGCUAAUCCUUGGCCGCGACAAGAAAGUCCGUACUUGUGUUCUGCGCACCAAUGGACAUACCAUUACCCUACCUGUGCAGCUGGUCAUUCCCCUGGAGGUUGACCAGGGUGGGGAGGAUGUUGCGGCAAAGCCAGCGAAAUAUUAA